UACUCGGUUAAAACAAUAAAAAACAUACAUUAAAAACAGAACAAUAUAGAAGUACUAUGUAUUUUAAUUUAUUUUAAUAAUUUUAAGUAUUAUGUUACAGUUGCCUACCGCUUGAUUACGGCAGAGGUGAGUUUGUGUUUAAACACUGUCCUGUGUGCGCGUCUCUCUCUGUACAGACACAACAUCAUCAUCAUCAUCAUCAUGAGUGUGUGCGGAGCUGCUGGGUGCCGGCUGAUCCAGAGCCGCAGUGCCGUGAGGAGAAUCCUUCAGCAAAACCGAACCGUCUGCAGCAAAACGACCGUAUCUGCUGAAAGCAUCAGGGAAAAGCUGCAGGUUUUCACAGGAGGAUCUGUGGAGCUCCAGAAGCAGCAGCAGUCUGGCAUUGCGGUGCUCACCGUCAACAAUCCAGCGCGCAUGAACGCCUUCUCAGGCAGCAUGAUGCUUGAACUGGAGCAACGGGUGUGUGAACUCGAGACUUGGACAGAAGGGAAAGCUGUGAUUGUGCACGGAGCUGCUGGAGCCUUCUGCUCCGGAUCUGAUCUCAAUGCAGUCAGAGCCAUAGCAAACCCACAUGAUGGCAUGAAGAUGUGUAGGCUGCCGCUCAUCUCAGUGGCACUGGUGGAGGGAAGAGCUCUGGGUGGAGGAGCAGAACUCACCACUGCCUGUGACUUCAGGUUGAUGACGUCUGAUGGUGUUAUCCAGUUUGUUCAUAAGCACAUGGGUUUGGUACCUGGAUGGGGAGGAGCUGCAAGACUAGUUCGUAUUGUUGGCAGCCAGAAUGCCUUAAAACUACUGAGUGGGGCUAAAAAGGUCGAUCCAGACUUUGGAAAACAGAUAGGACUGGUUGAUGAAGUGCUCCAUUGCUCUUCUGGUGAGGGAAAUGCACUGGCUCACGCCGAGCAGUGGCUGAGUCAGUUCAUUAAGGGCCCGGCCCCAGUGAUCCAGGCAGUCAAAAAGGUUGUGAUCUCAGGAAGAGAGCUUUCAUUGGACGAAGCCCUUCAAACUGAGAGAAGUGUGUUUGGGACAGUAUGGGGCGGUCCGGCCAAUCUCGAGGCUCUAGCUUUAAAACCGAAACAUAAGUGACUUUAAACAUUAAAACUGUUUUACAGUUACUUGAAGAACUUUGUAUUUUCAGAUCAAUAGAUGUAACUGAACAGUUCCUGGAUUGUUUUGUAGAGUUCAUGUCAACUUGCGCAUGCACAUGUUAGUAAGUUGAUAUCAUCAUGUUUCAAACAGUUUCUGCACAUUAAUGCAGUCCUUUAUUUAUGGCGUCCUUUGCCAUAGUGUGCAAUUUUCUACAUAAAUGAUAAACCCGAGGAGAAAAUAAAGCAGUAUCAGCUAAUUAAAAUCCUUGAAUCCAAGGUAAAUUAAACAGGGUGUUCACGUUUAGAAUUUUCCUGUAUCCAUGUAUUGCAUUUGAAGGUGAGCAUCGCCAUGUCACCAUGUCUCAUUAUGAACUCACUUGCACUGAUACCUUUCCAGAAGUCCUAUCAAGCGUGUUUGGCUGUGUAAUUGUAAUCCUUCAUAUUUUUCACAGUGAUUUUCAGUGAAGAACCAUGCAUCAGGUGAUUGACCUCAUCCUAUUGGGGGAUCAGAAACCUGGCACAGUCACUGUGUUAAUAAGGUAUUGUGCCUACAUUUCUUUACAAAACAAUUAAAAAAUUCCUAACAAAAGUAAACUUAGAACUUUUUUGAAAGGGGAUGGAUUGAGCGGAAAACCUUUAAGUGUACAGCAGCGUCUUCAAUAGUGUCUAAAAGUGUCCUGGGAUGCACAUCAUGAAUGUAGCAUUGACACUAUUUUUAGCGAAUGUGAGCACAUUAGCAGCUAGUUGCGAACUGCAGGUGUGUCAAAUAUGUGACCUUAGACCACAAAAUCAGUAGCACGGGUAUAUUUUUAGCAAUAGCCAAAAAUACAUUGUAUGGGUCAAAAUUAUCGAUUUUUCUUUUAUGUCAAAAAUCAUUAGAAUAUUAAGUAAAAAUCAUAUUCCAUUAAGAUAUGUUGUAAAUUGUAUCAAAACUUAAUUUUUGAUUAGUAAUAUGGAUUGCUAAAAACUUAAUUUUGACAACUUUUUCUUUUUUAAUUUGAUUUUUUUUUUUUUUUGCACCCUCAGAUUCCAGAUUUUCAAAUAGUUGUAUCUUGGCUAAAUAUUGUCCUAUCCUAACAAACAAUAUGUCACUGGAAAGCUUAUUUAUUCAGAUUUCAGAUUGUAUAAAUGUAACAAGUCAUGUAAAAGUGUGUAAUCUCAUAUUGGAAAAUUAAACAUUAUAUUAAACUUUGAUAA